UGAUGAGACAGCGAUCUGAUGUGGMRUAUCGUGGGWUAGUUAUACAAAUCUUUGACCUAACGUGACCAAACACUGUCAACUUUCGUCAAGCUGGGCUUAUAUUGCACUGAAAUCGUCGACAACGGUAUGCGUAAUAUCUGUGGCCGAGACGGCAGUGACUGUGCAGACUUAUUGGAGCAAAUAGGUAUGGUUUUGAAAACGUGUUAUCCAACAAGAACAAGACUAGUCAACAACUGACGUCAGCUAGCGAGCUAACGUUAUAGCUAGCUGCAGUGCAGUCUCUUGGACCUGAUUGCCCUAACGUUACCCCUGCAUACCUUUUAAUUGAAAGAAAGGACUCUUGAGGUCAGAAGAUGUUUUUGGUGGGGUUGACGGGAGGAAUCGCCUCAGGGAAGAGCACUGUGUCCUCUCUGCUGCGAGAGCUUGGCUGCCCCAUUAUCGAUGCCGAUGUGGUGGCUAGAAAAGUGGUGGAGCCCCACAGUCCGGCCUACUGCCGGAUCGUGAAGCACUUUGGCCCCGAGAUCCUGCUGGAAAAUGGGGAGAUCGACCGGCAGAAGCUGGGUGAGCUCAUCUUCGCCAGCGAGGACAAGCGGCGCCUGCUUAACUCCAUCACCCACCCCGAGAUCCACAAGGCAAUGCUCAAACAGAUCGUCGUCUUCUUCCUCCGAGGUUAUCGCUACGUGGUGCUAGAUGUGCCCCUGCUCUUCGAGACGCGGCGUCUAACCCGUUUCCUCAACCACACUGUGGUGGUGUACUGUGACCCGGCCACCCAGCUGUCGCGCCUCAUGAACCGGGACGGGCUGACCCAGGAGCAGGCGGAGCAGCGUGUGGCCGCCCAGAUGCCCCUAAACGAGAAGCGGGGAUUGGCCAGUCACGUGGUGGAAAACUCGGGCAGCCGSGAGGACACCCAGCGCCAGGUGCUGCGGCUGCACACCAAGCUCGAGGACUCUAUGGAGUUCCUGCUGGCCAGGGCCAUCGCCAUAGCGACCGCUGCCGGCCUGGGCGGACUACUUCUAUACGCCGCCAAAUUGCUGGCGUCUUAGCGAAUGGAGAGAGAGUUUGGCGAGAGUCGUCUUCCUAUGGCAAUGCAGUGUUGAAUUGUGAUUGAGACUGCGGCACUUUGAACUUAAGCCAUAGCACAUAACCGACCAUUGGACCACUGGGCCCAGCACGUGUGGUGAGAGGUCCAAUGGUCGGUUAUGUGUUAUGGCUUGAGUUGAAAGUUCGCAAGCAGUUUGUACUUAGAAAGUGGUCAAGUAACGUGAGAUUGUUUCUUGUGUAAAUUCCUUGUUGCUCUUUGAAUGCUACAGGAAACAGUGAACACCUAGGUUUCCUUGGUUUGCYUUUUAAAAGCCAAGAAGUUAUUUGGGGAAAUAUUUUUGGAGUCACUAGAUUGCUUUUUUUUUAAGCAAGUAUCUUUUCUGUAUGAGAUAUCUGGACAGAAUAGUUCAGCAUGGGCUGAGAAGCAAUGCUGGUGYUGUAAGAAUGUUUUUAGCUCAUUGUGCCGAUUUGUUUUACAUUUUAAAGGGAUAGUUCACUAAAAUUGCAUAUUUACCUUUAGUGAGUGGUCUAUGGACCUGGAGAGUCAGCGCCUGAAGAUUUUGAUUUCUUAAAAUGAAAUGUUAUUGGUUGCGUACACAGUUUAACAAGUGCUAUAGUGGGUGCAGCGAUAUGCUUAUGUUCCUAUCGAUCAGUGCAGUAAAUUUCAACAAGCACACAAUAAUCGCAAAUGUAUUUUUUAAAUGUUUUAUGUAGUACAACAGUGGAUGUAUAAAUAGUAUGUAAAUGUUAUUAAAGUGACCAGUGGUCAUUGA